AUGGCUUUAGUUCCAUCCUCACUUACUUCCUCAGUCACAAGACAAACCGUACCGUUACCCAUAAUUCCUACCAUGCAUAGCACUUCAUUAGAUCUCCGACACAUCCAUAAAGACCUUGAUCUUGUCUACAAUUGUACAGCCCAAAUACAGACUUCUCUAUUGGACAGUCGAUCUCAAAAUAAUACCGUAAAUCUACCUAGUCUACAAGAACUAGAUAGCCUGAUUGACAGUGCAGGUCGAAUGAUUAGAGUGCUUGAUGAUGCUAAGCAUCUAUGGUCUCAGUCCCCAACAAUCUCGUCUCUUCAAAGGCACACAAAGGAAAUCAAAUCAACAACGAAUACUAUCCUACAGUGCCAUUCCUGCAACAGUACACAGUCACCAGAAUGGAGAAAAGGCCCAAUGGGCCCCAGAACUCUCUGUAAUGCUUGCGGAUUAAUUUGGGCCAAGUUAUCCAGACGACAACCAAUGGGUCCUAAUAAAACUCAAGACAGAUCAAACAUGGCCCAUUUGAUCCAUUCACGUUCUGUCCCCAUAAAGAAACAGCGCACAAAACACACUAGCUCUCUCAAAGGCAAUAAACAUGCCAUCUCCUUUCUUCUUAGUUAA